AUGCGCAUUUUCCUCCUCCCCCUUACGACGCGACAGGCCCUUAUUUACUAUCAGCGCGCUGCUCCCACUCCAGGCGCCAAACUCGGCUACAUCGAGCGCAUCACGAACAAAGCGGCGGAGACGUGGUCCAGUUGGGAAGGCGCUCAGUCAGGAUGGAAGAAACAAGUUGCCAAAUAUGGAAAUAGAGGUCUCCAGCGGAUCCCCUAUCAGGAAUGGUCCUUGAAGAGCUUUCCUCCUUCAAACCCCAAGCUCCAGGCGGAGCAAAUAACAGAUGGCAAGAAAUUCGACGUCAUCUACCCCGGCAAUAUUAUGCACAAGGAGGAUGUACCCAAGGUCAUGGCUAGGCUAGCCCGUGAAAGAAAACAGCUCCAUUGGAAUAGAUUUAUUGGAAGCAUGGUGGCAAUGCCGUUCACUAUCCCCUUCGGACUUAUACCGAUCUUAGCAUACCCAAUAUUCCAUUCUUCUACACAGUAUUCCGAUGCUGGUCGCACUGGCACGGUGAGUAAUUGGGACCCACACCCCGUGGGGCGACGACUGACUUGUUUGGUAGCGUUGAAAGGCUCCGACCAUCUAGACUUCAUUCUCGACAACCGGCUUUAUCGACUCCGGUCCACCCCUGAGGUAGAAGACUUGUUCGACGAUAUCGCACCAGACUCACCUGACUUUCAUUUUGUCACGCGCAGCCAGAUCCUCGACGGCUCUACCCCACCGGAACAACUAAUUCUGACAAAGAAUACCCACGAUAAAAUCGCAAAGGCCCUCAAGGUGCCAGAAUUGGGCGGAGAGGUAGAACGGGCCAUCUGGCAGGUCUCUCAACAAAUACGUGAGCAGCAAGAGCAAAAAUCACAGCAGCAGAAAGCACAACAAAAAUCACAACAGGAAGUCCAGAAGCAACUACCACAGCAGCCAGGACCCAAUGCCCAAACACGUCAGGUGGGUACCAAAGACAAGAAAAGUUAA